AUGCCUCAGGAACAGGAUGUCUUCCGCAAAGUCGGUCGCGGUGGGGCAGGCAACUACGUCUCGUCGAAACAAGCCGACGAGGCAACCAAAGACCUUGAAGCGCAGCAGCUAAAGGCCAUUGUUGCUGCUGCUUCUUCGCCGUCAGCGGACCCGUCGCAGGGCCCCGCAAGAGCCGGCCGUGGAGGCGCCGGGAACUUCAUCGACCCGGCGUAUGCUGCGCAGAACCAGGGCCAGCUGGCGGGCGAGACGGGGGCUGCCGUGGCCUCGAGCCUGAAGAAGAAUCCUCAGCCUCAUCGUGCGGGCUGGUCGGGCCGUGGAGGGGCUGGUAACUUCAACUGGGAGACGGCUGCUGAGGAAGAGAGGCGGCAGGACGACGAGAGCCGAGCAGAGUUAGAUAGGAAGAUCAAAGAAGCAGUCGAAGGGGCGUUGAAGAUGCCGGAAAAGGCACACCAUCAUCUAGUCAAGGAGGACGAGGAACAAGGGUGA